UAGCUACCAAGAAUAUGGAGAUUCUGCAGCAUCGACACAAGUCCUACUUGAUGAACACUCCAAAUUUGAGGAAGCUGCACAGGAAAAGGAGGAGGCUGGACAGAGACUUGCACGAGAAACAGAAAAGCUUGUGAACGGCGACUUGUGCGACAUGCAGGACACACAGCAAAAAAUUACCCAACUACAGACAAAUUUGCAGUUGUUCAAACAACGUGUGGAGGAUAGAAGGAAACUAUUGCUGGAGACAAUAGCCUUUUACAAAAACAACUGCAGAGCUCUGAGUAAGCUUGAUGAAAUUGGAGACAAAAUCACUGAAGAGAAACUCACAGUGGAAGAUCAAAAGGAGCUCUAUGGUGCAAUCAAUGCAGCAUCUGCAGCACAGCUUCGAGAUGGCAAGAUGCUACAAGAGAAACUGGCAGACGGUAAACACCAACCAGUGAUAGUAAGAAUGUAUGAAGAACUGCAAGAACGCAGCACAGCAAUGCUCGUCAAUGUGGAACCUGAUCCUUCUGAGAAGGAGUUGGAAGAUCUCUGUGGAUGGGUAAAGAAUGUUGGUGAAGACUUUCUUGAUCACAAUACUGUGAUGGGUGAUUCUGUUAAAACAUCACAGGAUUUCUUGUAUUCACACCAGGAACUUGAUUCAGAUAGACAGGCACUUGAGGACAAAAUAGCCAAAGCUGUUGAUGUAUCAAAUGCACGGUCAAAGACAGACAUUGCUAAGGUGCAAGACAUGCAGGAUCUUUGGAACAGGUUCACUGCUCGACUUGACUACAGGCUGAAGUUGGGGAAAAUGUACUUUGAUUUCCAUCGACAUAGACAACUGCUUUUCAGCAAAUUGGAAGAGCUCUCCAGUCAGCUGACAAGUGAUGAACCAAAGGAGAACGUGGAUGCAUCACCAGCAAUGCUUGCUCGGCAGGAACAGCUGCAGGAUGCUAUUCUUUCUGCAUCUGGGCAAAUGCAGAAGGAGUCACAAGCUCUUCUAGAUGAACUGCGAAAAGAGACCAGAGAGGAACAUUUGGACAGGGGGGCAGCUGCUGAAUGCAUACAGACGUUCCUGGCCACUCUGGAAGCCAGGGUCCACAAACUUGGUCAGCUGUGGACUCUAAGAGAAGAACAACUGAACAAGAACAGACAACUGAGUGCUGAGUUUGUACAGUUUGAAAAGGAUACUAGAGAGGUCAUCUUGUGGGUCAAAGAACAAAGUGAUGCUUUUUUCCCAGUCAAAGUUGACUACAGUUCCCUUCCAGCUGAUCCGAGAGAGCUUGAAGGCAAACUGCUAAGGUUCAAAGAUGCUGCAAGGCGCACAGAUGAAGAUGUUCAAUCUCAUCUCCGUGCAGCAGAGGAGCUCUCAGAGGCAGAGGGUAGUUACAAGGCAGCAAUCAGAGUAAUCACAGAUGAAUUACAAAUAGCAUAUCAGAGGUUCAAGACACUCCUGGCAGAUUAUGAGGUGCUUCUGUCCAUGUCGGCAACAUUUUACACUAGUGUAGAAAAACUCCUUCAAAUGAUGGAUGACAUGACAUAUGGAAUACGAAAACAGCCUCUUCCAAGAGACAUAAACAACGCACAGCUUCUCCUUCAGGAUCAUCUUGCCAACUACCAGACAGUUCAAGACCUUUACAACUUCACCACCGUUAGUGCACAAGAUGUCUUGAGUCGAGCUGCCACCUCAGCUGCAGUCUCUGUGUCGCGCGAUGAAAUCAAGGGUUUCCUUGAGAGGUCAGAAGGGAGGCAUGAUGAAUGGAGAACUCUGUGGGAGCAUCAUAAAGACAAGCUGCUUGAAAGUGUGCGACUAUGUGAAUUUGAACAAGCCAUCAGUACGGUCAACCUGACUAUCGAGGAGCACACUCGAGAGCUACUUGCUCUCAACCGGAAGUUUGGUGUCACUUUACUUGACGCUGUUACUCUUCUGCAAGACUCUGAUUCAUUUCUGGAAUCUGUGAAGCCUGCUGAUGUAGAAGUUGGCAGACUGGUAGAGGAAGCAGAAAAGUUGAGACAGUUGAAUCACCAUGAUGCUCCUGCCAUUAUGCGACAAGUGUCUGCAAUGGAAGUCCGCUGGCAGAGAUUUUUGUCCAGGAUGGAGGAUCACAGAGCCAUGCUGGAGGCAUCAAUAGAAUAUCACCAACUUUACGAACAGGCAUCAGUUUGGAUCAGUGACAGUGAGCACUUCUUGAAAACCACGCGAGAUGGAGCAAAAAGAUGCAAAACAGAGGAAGAAGUCAUAGAGCUUCUUGACAUGUUAGAAGGCUUUGUCAAGCCAGGCCUCAACAAGCAAGAGGCACGGCUAAAAAAAUUGGCUGAACUCUCCGCCAAGCUCACGAUGGAUGAACCUCGCUCCAGAGCCAAAGAUCUCAUGUCUAAACAGAAUGAGAUUACCACCAAAUUUGAUCUCAUGGAUAAUGACCUAUUCCGCUUAGCAGAGAGACUUAGGGAGAGAAAGCAGAGAGGACUACCUCCCAAGGCGGAAGAAGUAACAGCUGAAAGUGUAGAGGCCUAUGAGAAAGAACUUCUGGAAUCCACUCCCAUCUCAGCAGAUUAUGAGAAGCCAGUGCGAGUGAAUGUCUUGUCAUCAUUCAUUGAUGGGGUUCUAGGCAGCAAGAGACCUGGUGAUCGGGAUGUACUUGAGGAAGUUGGACCAGCCAAGCGUCCACAGGUGUCAGUGCGAGUGAGGUCAGAUGCACCAGUGAGCGUAGAAGCUGAACAGAAGAUUGAGCCCAUCAUCAAGUCAGAGAUCCAGGGUUGGUUCGAGGGAGGCAAGGCUGUGAAACCAGCUGAGAUCCCAGAGCAUGAGAUACUGGUUCACAUCAGUGAAGAUACUAAGCGAGAACCUAAUCAAAUGGCUUUGUCUCCAUGGGGUGCAGAAGUGGUGAAGAAAGAUGUCACAGUGACUUCGCUUGGACCCUUCGUCAGCAAAGACAUUGAAGUUGAAACAGCCCUUCACACGGAAACAGCACCACCAUCCUCGUCGGAUCAGCUGCAACUCAUAAGGAAAAGAGUGUGGAAGACAACAACAAGAGAAACCACAACAAGCAUCAAACAAGAGACAAGAACUGAAGUGGAGAUGCUGGUUCCAGAAAAACCCGAAAUGACGUCAAAUCUCUAUGUUUUUGGUGCUCUGCCACCUUCUGAGAAUCUAAAUGUCAAUGUGCGGUCCAAGAAAACUGUUGAGAGUGCUCCUGAUACCUUGGACAAGACCAGCCCUGAAGAGAUUGACAGAGUUGAAGGAGACAUGAAAAGAGCAAAUGAAAACAUCUGUAGGAGGAUUGAAGAUUCUGUUGCUAGUAGUCGUAGACAAAUGCAACCCCCAAAACAUGUUGAGCUUCUCAUUCCACAACAUGCUGGUUCAGUUCUGAUCUUCACACCACCAGGGACCCCACGAAGGGGGUCUGCCCCAUGCGUUGAUUCAAGUCAGCUACCAAAUGGCCACCCAGCUGAUGAAGAUCAACCUAGGGUCGAGUCUGAGGUGCACCUCAUGACCACACCCAAGGACUUCAACUUUGAUGCAGUGGAACUAACACUCCCAUAUCCUUAUAUGAAUGGGGAAGCCCCUGACUUGGACAAAGAAGCUGAGCUGCAAAAGAUGAAUGCCAUCACUGAUAAGUUGAUUGAAAGUGAAGAAAAAUAUGUGGAUGACUUGAGAUCCCUUGCUGAGGAUUAUAUCUAUCAGCUACCCAAAGCUCCACCUGAGGUGGCUGACAAUAAAGACACCAUCUUCAUCAAUUCAGAGGACAUCUUCUUCUUCCACAAAGUGAUCUUUUGUGAGGAGCUGGCUAAGUGUAAAGGAAAUCCUUCAGAAGUUGGCAGGGUCUUCAAGAAAAGGGAACAUGAGCUUGACAGAUAUAUAACCUUCUGUGAUGGAAAAGGGGACUCAGACAGCUUUUUAGAAUCUCAACCAAAAGACUUCUUCGAGAAGUGUGAGGCAGAGGGUCCUUCUCGUCCUGUUGAUGAACUUCUGGAUCGCCCUGUUGAACGUAUUUUAGAAUACAGAUCAUAUCUCGGUGAUCUUCUGGAUUGUGGACGAAAGGCUGGGGUUGAUACAGAUGACCUCGAGGCUGGCAAAGAAGUUGUUGAUCGUCUUUGUGCAGAAAUUCGUCAGAAGACCCAGUUUGAGAUCCUUGUUCCUGGCACCCCAAAAGAGGUUGAGUUCUACGUGGCAUUAGAGGAUUAUCGAGAUGACCAUAACAACAUAUUGCUUCGGAAGGAAGAGACUGUAGUGGUGCUAGAUCGACUGUCACGCCCUGGGAUGUACAAGGUGGUCAGGCUGCUAGCAGAUGGCUCCAAGGACAAUGAAAUCUGGGUACCAUCAGCAGUGCUACAGCGAAAGAAGUCCACAGCAGAAAUCAUUAUGCCUGCUGAGUACACCGUUAAGCUGAAGUCAAAGCCUGGAUCCAAAGUGCCUGAUGAAAUUUCAGAAAUUGUCGUCCCUGCUCCUGAAAAAGAAAUUGUUGUAGAAACAGAGCCUGUACAGUUGGCAUCAGCCCCGGUAGCGCCAGUGUUUACCAUGCCAUUGGCAAAUCAGAAAGCCAAGGAGGGCCAGCCAACACAGCUAGAUGCCCGUGUGUCUGGUGUUCCAGAGCCGGAGGUAGCAUGGAUGAAGGAUGAUCAUCCGGUCAGAACAGGGGAGCGCAUCCAUGCCGAGAAGGAGGGUGAUUUGCAUAGCUUGAAAAUAUCGGAAGUCGAUAUCGAAGAUGAGGGAACAUACAUGUGCCAGGCCAGAAACACCGCAGGAACAGCAACGUCCAUGGCAGACCUAAAUGUUGAAUCUGGUGAAUCAGAGGGAGAACCAGAUGUUGAUGAGCCACAAACUGACAGAUCUGUUAUAAGAAUAGACCCAAAUCAAGAACCACAGGCGGUCACUUUAACUCUUGAUGGACAAGGUGGGACUCUCUUUGCUCCCAUUCAAGUUCAGCUUCCUCAACCAGGUGACAGCAGUGCACCUGAGAUUUAUUUGAUGACUGAAAGUAAGCCAACAACGCGUCGACGGUCCAUUCCUCCUGAAUUUUCCUCUGAACUUGAAGACAAAACAAUAGAGGAAGGAGAUUCAGUGGAAAUGCAGAUCUUUGUUACCGGUACACCUCCACCUGAAGUAGUUUGGUACAAAGAUGAACAACCAAUUACAAUUUAUCCACACAGACGUUUCCAUGCAACAAGAGAGAAUGAAAUUUGUAGCUUAGAGAUCAAGGAUGCACGCUGUAGUGAUCAAGGAAAAUACACAUGCAGAGCUAAAAACACUGCUGGAGAGGUCAAAAAGUCCUGCGAUCUAACUGUGAAACAAGUUACUCCAACAAGCCCUCCCGCUUUUGUCAAAAAUUUGAAGGAUGUAUACAUCGUCGAAGGAUCUUGCACUCGCUUUGAUGUGAAAGUCACAGGUAUGCCCGAACCCAAUGUAAGCUGGUACAAAGAUGGACGGCCAGUUAAAGAAGACAAGCAUCUGGAACUCGUCCACGAUGAAGACACUUCUGCUUUAAUUCUCAUGUACGGCAAACUGGAAGAUGCAGGUGAUUAUAUAUGCAAGGCUUCCAAUGAGGCUGGAGACGCCCAGUCAUCAGCACAUCUUCACAUAUCACCCCUUCAAAUACCAGCCAAAUUUGCAUCGCAGUUAGAAACUGUCGAAGUGUCCGAGGGGGAGCCAUUGAAGCUAAAGUGUACAGUGGUUGGAAAACCAGAUCCCAACAUAACUUGGUUCAAGGAUCAACAGCAAGUCCAGGAAAGUGACAGGAUCAAAUUGAAGGUGACAUCUGAUAACACUUGUAUCUUAAACAUACCCAAGUCAGACAUGGAUGAUGAAGGAACAUACACAUGCUCGGCGACUAAUUCUGCUGGAAAAGAUACUACUUCAGCCAAAGUGACAGUCAAUGGCGAGGGUAAAGUUCCAGAGUUUACCAAAGUCCUAGAGAAUACUGAAAUACCAGAUGGAAGUCCUGUUCGGUUAGAAGUUAGAGUUCAAGGAAAGCCAACACCUUUUGUAGAGUGGCUCAAGGGUACCAAGCUGUUAAAAUCAGGGCCACGGUUUGAAACACAAACAACUGGAAAUACACACACCUUUGUUAUAACACACUGUAGAGAUGAUGAUGGUGGUAUAUAUACUUGUAAGGCGAGGAACAAGUUUGGGACAGCUUCUUGUGAAGCAACACUGGUUGUUGCAGAGGACACUGUACCACCAAGGUUUACAAAGAAACUUUAUGACUCCACAGCAGAUGCUGGCAACACUGUUGAGUUUUCUGUCAAGUACAUUGGCAGCCCAGAACCAAAGGUGAAAUGGUUUUUGGAUGACGAGGAAGUUUCUGAAGAUGAUGAAGGUAUGGACAUUGAGACCGAGCCUGGUUCAUCCUUGCUUGUGCUAGAAGACAUAGCACCAAAUGACUCCGGCCAGUACAAAUGCAUCAUAACUAAUAUAGCAGGCAAAGCUGUUACAAGUGCGCAGCUCAAAGUUGUUGAUGAAGGUGUGAAGGCAGUGCCCACCACGACAGAGCAAGUUCUUGAGGCUGUGCCUCCAGCAAUAGAAAAAGAGCCAAGUGGUAAAGCGCCGGUAUUUCUCAAAGAAUUGACCAAUGUUCAUGUUGUUGAAGGAGAUGCAGUUCGGUUGGAAGUUGUAGUUGAAGGGAUGCCUAGGCCAGCUGUGCAGUGGUUUGUUGAAAAUGACUUUGUGGAAGAAGAUGAGCAUACCCAUAUCAUUCAAGAGGGAAACAUGCACGCCUUGGUUAUUGAUGGUACAGUGUUAGAUGAUGAAGCAGAGUACAAGUGUGUGGCCAAGAACUCAUUUGGAGAGGUAGAAUGUAUUGGUGAACUUCUAGUUGAUGAAAUUACGACCAAACCGGAGUUUUUAAAAGAACUGAAGCCAGUGGAAGUUGAAGAGGGUAGUGAUGUAGAGUUCGAAGUGCAAGUGCAAGGAAAUCCAGAACCAGAUGUUUCAUGGUUUAGAAACAAUGUACUCAUUGAACCUGGUGACAGAUAUGAAGAAAAGAAAGUUGAAGACGCACACAGAUUGAUCAUCCAUGAAACAACACCAAAGGAUUCUGGUGAAGUCAAAUGCCAGGCUAAAAAUGAUGUUGGUAGAGUUCACAGUGUUGCACAACUUGUUGUCAAACCAGCAAAGAAACAAGAGGAAGUAGCAGAUGAAGGGAAAACAAGUGAUGACAUUGAAGAAAUCUCUGUAUCUCAUACUGUUGAUGUACAACGUGAGGUACCCCUUGAAGCUGUGCUUGGUGUUCCAAAGGAGGAAAAGUCACUUGUUCCACCAGAAAUUGCAAAAGGCUUAGAAGAUCUUACCGUAACAGAGGGUGACACGGCACGUUUCGAGGUGGAAAUUUCUGGCAACCCUACACCUGAUGUCGAGUGGUUUAACAGUGAUGCAAAGAUUGAAGGAAACGAAGAGACUCUGUUGGAGUCCGAAGGCAACAUUCAUAGGCUUGUUUUGAUGGAUGUUCUGCCAGAGGAUGAAGGAGACUACAUGGUUACUGCCACAAAUGAAGUAGGUAAAGUGUCAUGCACAGGAAAGCUGUCUGUUCAAGAGAAGAUUAAAAAGCCCUCGUUCUUGGAGGUUCUCAGAGACAUCGAAGUGACUGAAAAUACGGAUGUGCGAUUGGAGGUUCGAGUUCAAGGCACAGAACCUGAUAUUGACUGGUACAAGAAUGGUGUUGUGAUUGAGGAAGCAACAUCUAGAACUGAGUUUGUUGAGAAUGAAGAGAGAGGAAGUUAUGCUUAUCUUAUUUAUGGUGCCACAACAGACGAUCAGGCUACCUAUCGAUGCACAGCAGUAAACGAGGCAGGCGAAGUAUCAUGUGAAGGACAAUUGACAGUACGAGAAAAUGUCAUUCCACCGAGGUUCCUUCAGCGUCUUGAAGAUAAAAAGGUUGUCGAAGGGUCUGAUGUAGACUUCGAGGUCGAGGUCAGUGGAAGACCCAAACCAACCCUGAAGUGGAUUAAAGAUGACAGAGACGUUGCCCCUGAUGAUCAUAUUCAAAUAGACACUGAAGGCCGCAUUCAUACAUUGUCAGUAACUCCGUCUAGAUUAGGAGAUGGUGGGAAAUACAGCUGUGUUGCUUCUAACAGUGGUGGUAGGGAUUCUUGUUCUGCUAAUCUUGAAGUUGAGAAGGAAAUGCAUGCACCAGAAUUUGUUGUCCAGCCUCAAGGAGUACAGAUUGUGGAGGGAGGCCAAGCUAGAUUUGAAGCAGUCGUUUCUGGCCUCCCAGAACCAGAAAUUGAGUGGUUUAAAGAUGGAAAGCUUGUGCGGGAAAGCUAUCGUUUUAAAUUGGAAUUUGAUGGAAACAGGUCUGUUCUCACAGUGAAGGAUGCAAAACAAACGGAUGAUGGAGGAUUCACUUGCACAGCAACUAACAAGGUUGGAAAGGUUUCUUGCACCAUAGAACUAGUUGUUGAUGAGGCAGUUGUUGCUCCCGAAUUCCUGAAGAGAAUGAACAGUAUCGAGUUAUAUGAAGGAGAUUUGGUACGAUUUGAUGUCCGUGUGUCUGGUACACCUCAGCCAGAUGUGAAGUGGCUUAAGAAUGACACAGCUUUGGAAGGAGAACUACGCUAUGAAUUCCUCUCAGAUGAUGAUAUGCAUUCCCUGGAGUUGACCAAUUGCCUUCUGUCUGAUGCUGGGACAUACCGUUGCAUUGCUGCAAACGAAGCUGGUCAGACAUCUUGCAGCGCUGAACUUACUGUCAUGGAAAAACCCACGCCUCCUGUAUUCACAGACGAGCCUUCAUUUCCAAAUAUGAUCGAAGAUGGUGGUGAUAUUUUGUUGGAGGCCACUGUAAGUGGCAAGCCUACACCAACUGUAGAAUGGGUCAAGGAUGAUGCAGCUGUGAAGAACAGUAGCCAUUUUAACAUCAAAGCAGAGGAUGACAAACACACAUUGACCAUUGUUGGCGCUGGCCCUGCUGAUUCUGGUGCUUACAAAUGUAUAGCAAAUAACCCAGGAGGAACAUCUACAAGGACAUUUAACGUCAACAUCGAGGCUACAAAGCCGCAAGGAAGUGCACCGCGGUUUUCAAAGAUCCUGGAGUCACCAAAAGCUGUCGAGAAUUCUCCUGUCACUCUGGAAUGUGAAGUUAUUGGUUCUCCUGAGAUAUCAAUUGAGUGGCACAAAGAUGAUUCUCGAUUGAGGCAGACAACGCGUGUUCGCACGGAAUUUGAUGGUAAAAUCUGCCGUUUAAUCUUUUUGCGUACGGAGCUUGAUGACGAGGCAGAUUACAAGUGCAUUGCUAGAAAUGACUUUGGCAUGGCAUCAACUGAAUGUGAACUGUUAGUAGAAGAAGAACACACUCCACCCUAUUUUAAAAAGAAACCUGACAAUCAAACAACAUCGGCAGGUCAAGAGGUCACGUUCAAUGCUGUUGUAGGUGGUAGUCCACCUCCAGAGGUUGACUGGUUCAGGGAUGGACUGGCAAUAGAAGACCAAGGAAGAUUUGUUAUCAAAGAAGAUGUUGACCAUGGAAAAUUCUCCUUCACCAUUAAGGAGACCAUUAUGGAAGAUGGUGGCUCAUAUAGAUGUGUUGCUUUCAAUGAAGCUGGAGAAGAGUCCUGUAAAGUAUGCUUAGCUGUUGCCCCACUUGGCAACGAACGUGGACCCAUCGUUGAAGUACCAUUUGAAGUGCAGUUCAAAGCUGAUUCAGCUGAACCAGUGACGUUCGCCAUUGAGCCAAAGUUUGAAAUUACAUCGGAACAACCAGAGACUACGAAACCUGGCAAAAAGAAACUCUUGGCUUCCAGAGAGAGUAUAACAGAGGGUCACGAAGCUCCUCGCUUCAUUGCCUUACCAGAAGGGUCAAGUCCCUUUGAAGUUAACACUGAUGGGGACGUUAAACUUGAAGUGAGGGUAAGUGGUAAACCUCUUCCUCAGGUGAAGUGGCUAAAGGAUGACCAACCCUUGCCGGAGAGCAAAAAUCUCGUUGUACGUAGCGACAAAGAUAUACACACCUUGACGAUCCUGGGGCCCACUCCAAGAGAUAAAGGAACUUACGUUUGUGUUGCAUCAAAUGAUGCUGGAACUUCCACUAGAAGCUUUGAUGUGAACAUAGAAGGUUAUGAAGAUUGGGUCAUGCCUUCUUUUGAAGACCAUUUAGACAGUCCUUUUCAGAUUUCAGAUGACGGUGAUGUGACCAUGGAAGUUAAAGUUACAGGGAAUCCUCCUCCAGAUGUUGAGUGGGCAAAAGAUGAUCAACCGAUAGCAGAGAGUGAUCAUAUCCAAUUGUCUUCUUCAGAUGACAUUCAUAGGCUUGUUAUAAAAGGAGCCUCACCUGAGGAUGAAGGGAAGUACAUUUGCACAGCAACCAACCCAGCUGGUAAAUCUAUCAGGACAUACACCCUUAACAUAGGAGGUGCCAAGGCUAAACCAGCUGGAAGCCGUCAGACAGAAGAAGGAUUGUCGCCUCCCAGAGUUGUGGAAAGGACAGAGGAAGAGCCAUCAUUUGAAGUUUCCGAUGCUGGGGAUGUCAAACUGGAGGUUCAGUUCAGUGGAGAGCCAGAAAUAGAGUGGACAAAGGAUGGAAAACCUAUACAGGAGAGCAACCACUUUCAAAUACGGUCCAGAGCGGGUGUGCAAACACUGGUCAUAAACGGUGCCACUCCAGAUGACAAAGGGCUUUACAAAUGCACAGCUUCAAACAAAGCAGGCAAGUCAUGGAAAACAUUCACAGUUGAAUUUGAAGGGAAGGUAGACAAUCAUCCAGAGGAUAUACCGUCUGAGUUGGAAAGGCCUUCUUUUGUUGAAGAUGAAACUGUUGUUCCUUUUGAAGUAACUGACCGAGGAGAUGUGAAACUUGAAGCCAAGGUACAGGGUAUCCCCAAACCAGAAAUUGAGUGGGAUAAAGACGAAGUCCCUCUUAAAGAAAGCGAACAUAUUUCCAUCACCUCAAAAGAUGACCUGCACACCUUAUUGAUUAAGAAUCCAAAUGUGGACGACAAAGGAACGUAUACGCUAACUGCCACAAAUGAAGCUGGAGUUGGUACUCGUGCUUUCAAUGUUGAGAUUGAAGGUGCAAAACCAGUCAGCUCAGUGCCAGAGAUCACCAAACCAUUGACUGAAGUAGAAGUUCUUAAAGGACAACCUGUUGUGUUGGAGUGCCAUGUCUCUGGAGCAGCUGAUGCUCAAGUAAGAUGGUACCAUGACAACGAUCUUAUUACUGAAGAUGAACGAAUAUCAAGCUCAUUUGAUGGCACAGUUUGUAUCCUGACCAUCCAAGAUUCAACGCUUGAAGACGAAGGGGACUAUUUGUGUCAAAUAGAGAACGACCAAGGAGUUGUGUCAACGUCUGCUGAGGUUCUUAUUGAAGAAGGAAUGGCAUUACCAAUAUUUAAAGAGAAACUGCAAAACUUGAAUGUGAUUGAAGGUGAGAAUGCGUGCUUUGACAUACGUGUUGUUGGAAAUCCAGAACCAGUCGUGGAAUGGUUUAAAGAUGGUGUACAACUAGAAGACGAAGGUCGUGUCAUGAUAAUUGAUGAUGUGGAUGACAGUGAACCAGACCUGUUCUCUCUUGUUAUUGAAAACUGCAAACCAUCUGAUGCGGGUCAGUACACUUGUCUAGCCAUGAACGAGGCUGGAAAGGACAGUUGUACCGCUGACUUGUCUUUCACUCCUAAAUCUGAGUCUCUAAAGACCCCAGACGUGGCAGAAAUUCCUUUGGAGUUUCUAGAAGGCCAAGAUGUAACACUGAAGGCUUUGAUGAGUGCUGACCAUCCCAAAGUCAGCUGGCUUAAGGAUGAUGAACCCAUCACACAGAGCAAUCACUACAAUAUCGGUGCUAAAGAAGGCGUCCACACCUUGACGAUUAAAGAUGCCUCACCUGACGACUCGGGGAUUUACACGUGUGAGACCACUGAUGACAGCACGAGCACUUUCAAUGUCACCAUUAAGGGCAAAGAUUCUGUGGAUGGCAUUAGACCAGAAAUCACUGACGCCGUCACUCCCGUGGAAGUAUUUGAAGGUACUGCGGCCAAACUUUCUUGCAAGGUCACUGGAACACCAAGUCCAGUAAUAACGUGGCUUAUAGAGGGUGAGCCUGUGGAAACAGAUAAGCGUGUAACUAGUGACUUUGAUGGAGAGGUCUCUUCACUGUGCUUUAGCAGCACAGAGUUGGAUGAUGAAGGAGAAUAUCAGUGUAAGGCUCACAAUGAGUUUGGAUCAGCAACAUGUACGUUGGAACUCUUUGUCAAUGAAAUAGUUGAUGAAGAAGAUCAAACAAAACCAGAAUUUCUGGAGAAGAUGAAAGAUCUGAGCACAUCUGAAGGCGAUUCUGCUGUCUUCAGUGUCAAAGUCCAAGGCCACCCACAGCCAGACGUUCAAUGGUUUACAUCUGAUCGGGAGAUCACAACUGAUGAGCGAUUUUCGGUAGAUUCCAUGUCUGAUGGCCGGCACACAUUUACCAUCAAAGACUGUGACGCAAAAGACAAAGGAAGGUAUAAAUGUGUUGCAUCCAAUGUGGUUGGAAAGGCGGUUUGUUCUGCAGGAUUGACAGUGAAGGAAAAAUUGAUCGCACCCAAGUUCGCAGACCAACCUAGUGAGACGCCAAUGGUGAUUGACGAAGGAGGUGAUGUAACACUGCAAGUGGAAGUAGGUGGAAAACCAAACCCGUCUGUUAAGUGGUACAAAGAUGACAAACCUAUCAGUCGAACAAGCAGCAAGUACAAGACUGAUGUGCAAGGAGACAAACAGACACUGACUAUUGUCGCCGCAACACCUGAUGACUCUGGAACAUACCAGUGCAAAGCUACCAGCCCCGCUGGCACAGCGACAAGAGACUUCAAUGUUAAUAUUGAAGCAAAAGAACCCGAAGGCGAGUCUCCUAAGUUCCUUCAACCUUUGAAAUCCCAGGAAGUCUUUGAGGGUAGUGCGGCAAAGCUCGAGGUUCGGCUAAGUGGUGAACCAGAGCCUGACAUUGAGUGGUUCAAAGAUGAGGAGCCGAUAGAAGAAGGAAGAAAUUUUAGGAUCGAGUUUGACGACACUGAUGGCUGUGUCCUGGUCAUCAAUUCUGCUAAGCUUGAGGAUGAGGGUAUGUACAGAUGUGUGGCCUCAAACUCGUUCGGAAAAGCCAUCUCUGAAGCAGAGUUGUUGGUGACAGGAGAAGAUGAUGAACAACAAGAUGAAGAGAAACCAGAGGGACCAGUCGUGGUGCAAACAAGUAUUCCUGUAAGCUCAUCUCCCUUUGGAGAGGUGCAGCUUCAACUGCCAGUGAAAGAGGAAGAACUUCCUCCUUCCAAGGAAACACGUCAAAUGUCAAGUAAAGAACUCCCAGGGAGCAAACAACCAUUUGGCGAAGUUCAGCUUGUUUUACCUGGACAAGGGGAUGUGCCUAUGAUACCCGAUACCAUGUCUGCUCUGCAGUACGAGCCAGUACAGAUGACACUUCCCGUUGCAGAUGAGCCCACCGUUCUGCCCGAUUUUGUAGACGUUCCUCACGACCUGAAGGUGGAUGAAGGUGACGAGGCUGUCCUCAAGGUCAGGGUGAUUGGGCAGCCUACACCUGAUAUUUCCUGGUUUGUGGACGAUAAGCCAGUUGAGCCAAGUGAUCGGAUUUCUGUGACAUCAGAGGGAGACCAGCACGAGCUUGUGAUCCAUAAGGCCAAGUUAGACGACGAAGGAAUGUAUAAAUGCGUGGCUAAAAGUGAGGCGGGCAAAGCUAUAUGUGAAGUAGAGCUGUUGGUGGAAGAAGUUAAAAAGCCACUUGAAAAAGAGCCCCGCGGACUUCAAAUUACAANUAAUACUUUCCUUUCUUUACUCAGACUUAAAAAGCCAGUAUUGGUUCAGAAGUUUGUUGACCAAGAUCUUAUCGAGGGAGAAAAGCUUGAACUGCAAAUCAAAGUCCUUGCAUCCAAACCUCGCACUGUGACAUGGUACAGAGAUGACGAAGUAAUCGAGGCAGAUGAACGCUGCAAAUUACUGUCAGAUGAUGACAUCUUUUUACUCAGGGUGGAUCCAGUAGAAAUCGACGAUGAAGCUAUUUACAAAUGUGUUGUGAAGAACCAAGUUGGGCAAGACCAGUGUGAAGCUCAGAUUUUAGUUGAAGAAAAGAGCGAAGCUGUAGAAGAUGGUGCAGGUAUCAGUGACCAAAGACCUUACUUCAUAACACCCUUGCCAGAAGAAGUGGAGGUUCUUGAAGGCGACUCCACCAGGCUCGAAUGCCGCGUGGGACCUGGAGCAGACGUGUCCUGGUACAUAGACGAUCAACCAUUGAAAGAAGAUGAUCGAAUCACGAUUGAAAACGAGGGCGACGUCUUUGCGGUUGUGAUCUCUCCCACAGAAUUGGACGACGAAGCGGAGUACAAGUGCGUUGCACAGAAUGAGUUUGGUAAAGUAGCUUGCCAAUCUGAACUGAUUGUGGAGGAAGGUGUGACCAUGCCACUGAUUAAGGAACCUCUGAAGAACAUGGAGGCAAACGAGGGUGACGUGGUUCGAUUUGAUGUCCGCAUUGCAGGAGACCCUGAACCGGUGGUGGAAUGGUUCAAGGAUGGACACCAGCUUGAAGAUAAAGGUCGUGUUGUCAUAAUCGAUGACGUUGAUGACAAUGACAAGGAGUUGUUUUCUUUGGUGAUUGAAGAUUGCCGAGUGGUGGAUUCUGGUAGCUACAAGGUUGUGGCUAUGAGUGAAGCAGGAACUGCCAAUUGUACGUGUGAGCUGGCUGUCACUCGUAGUACCGUCCCACCUGAGUUUAAGGAAGAAAUGGAAGAAGUCCCCAUGGAGGGCUCUCAAGGAGAUAAUGUGUGCAUGGUUAUGAACAGUGGCCGCUUACCCUCGCCAUCUGUUGCAUGGUUCAAAGACGAGGAACCCAUUGUGUCAGACUCUCAUCUAGAGAUCUCACAGGAUCCUGAUCACUGCAAACUAAUGGUUUACCACGUGACUCCAGCUGACUCUGGUACAUACAAAUGUGUUGCAUCUAGCGUGAUGGGAACUAUCACUAAGAAAUUCCUUCUAAACAUUGAAGGACCAGACGGAAUACAAGAACAGCCAGUAAGCGCUUCCGAGGUGCAGGACGUAGAGUUACCAUUGCCAAUCGAGGAAAGACCUGUCCGAGAUACAACCGCUCCAGUCUUCACAAAGAAAUUGGAAGAUCUUGUAGUUGACGCUGGAGAAGAAGCCCGUUUUGACGCUAGAAUCUUUGCCAUUCCAGAACCUCACGUUGAGUGGUACCAAGGGUCAAGGAAGAUAUUAGAUGAAGGGCGGUUCGUACACGUAGAUGCCAUCGAGGAAGACCUGUUCACACUGAUUAUUGAGCAAACUGAAGCUGGAGAUGCUGGUCCGUACAAGUGUGUUGCAUCAAAUGAAGUUGGCCAGACACCCUGUGAAGCACAGUUGACAGUGAAAGGAAAACAAGCAGCUCCAGAAGACGCAGAAGAAUCGGAGACUUCAGUCCUUGAUAUAACCGAGGGAGGCGAAGUGGACUUAAAUGUGGCGGUCUCGGGAACUUUCAAACCUACUGUGGAGUGGCUGAAGGAUGGGAAGCCGGUACGAAAGACAAGUAGGCUUGACACAAAGACUAAAGGAGACACGUACACGCUGAAUAUCAAACAUGCGGUACCGGAAGAUUCUGGCAUUUAUACCUUCAAAGCCACGAGCCUAGCGGGAAUAUCAACAAAGUCUUUCGAUGUCAACGUGAAAGGAAAGACACAAGGUGAAGCCCCCAAGUUUACACAACCACUGGAGUCUGUUGAAGUAACAGAAGGAAAUGGGGCAACGUUGGAGUGCAAGGUCGCGGGGACACCAGAGCCGAACAUAGCUUGGUUUAAAGAUGGUAAAAGCGUGGCAGAGGUGAAGAGAUACAAAACUCGAUUUGACGGAGAGCGGGCCACUUUAAAGAUCACGACCACAGAACUAGAUGAUGAGGGUCAAUACAAGUGUGUCGCUGAAAACAUGUUUGGUUCAGCCUCUUGUUCGUCGGAGCUUCUUGUCAAUGAAGCAAACGUAAAGCCUGCGUUUGAAGAGAAAAUGAAGCCUGUUGAUGUCACUGAGGGAGAACCUGCACAAUUUUCUGUGAAAGUGACUGGCCACCCUUCACCUGUCAUUGACUGGUACAGGGGCAAGGACAAAUUGGAAGAUCAAGGGCGUAUUGAGAUGGUUGAUAAUGAAGACAGUGGCACUUACUCACUGACAAUCAACGACACGCUUCCAGAGGAUGCAGGAGCUUACAAGUGCGUAGCUGAAAACGAGGAAGGUCAAGUGUCUUGCAAGGCUGCCUUGGCUGUCAGGGAGGUCAUCACCGAACCUGUAUUUGACACUGAACAAGAAGCGGCCCCCGUGAAGGUGGGAGAAGGUGAUGUUGUCAGUCUCAAUACUGUUGUGAAAGGGAAGCCAGAGCCUGCUGUCGAUUGGUACAAGGAUGAGGAGAAGCUACAGGAAACAAGUCGUUUGAAGAUGGACGCCAAAGAUGGGGAACACUCCCUCAUUAUAUUGGAAGCCAAGCCUGAAGAUUCCGGUGUUUACAAGUGUGAAGCAAAGAGCAAGGGUGGUAAAGCAGAAAAAACGUUUGAUGUCGAUGUUAAAGCCAAGAAACCUGAAGGUACUGCACCAGUGUUCAUAGAAUCCCUGCAACCGGUGGAAGUAGUCCAAGGAUCUCCUGCUAAGCUGCAGUGUAAAGUGACAGGUGUACCAGAACCAAGCAUUGAGUGGUUUAGAGACAGCGAACCUGUGAAGGAAGACAAGAGAAUAAAGAUUCGUUUUGAUGGCGAGUUGUGUACUUUGAAGAUUCUCUCAACCGAGCUGGAAGACGAAGGUGCUUACAAGUGUGUUGCGAAGAACGACCUCGGAUCAGUGUCUUGCGCUUCUGAACUCCUCGUUAACGAGCCAAACAAGAAACCAGAGUUCAUCGAGAAGAUGAAACCCGUGAAUGUCACUGAGGGGGAACCAGCACGUUUCGACGUCACAAUUGAAGGCAAUCCAAUUCCAGUGGUAGACUGGUUCAAAGGGAAGGACAAAUUGGAUGACGAAGGGCGUUAUGUGAUGAUGGACGACGAAGAAGCGGGCAUUUUUACGUUGAUCAUCGAGGACACUGUGCCUGAAGAUGCUGGUACGUACAGAUGCGUUGCUGCCAACGAGGAAGGACAGGCAAGUUCCAAGGCCGCUCUAGCAGUGAAAGAAAAGAUGAUUGCGCCGGAGUUUACAGACGAAGAGGAAAGUGCUCCCGUCAACGUCACAGAUGGGGAUGAGAGCGAAGCUGUAGAAGAUGGUGCAGGUAUCAGUGACCAAAGACCUUACUUCAUAACACCCUUGCCAGAAGAAGUGGAGGUUCUUGAAGGCGACUCCACCAGGCUCGAAUGCCGCGUGGGACCUGGAGCAGACGUGUCCUGGUACAUAGACGAUCAACCAUUGAAAGAAGAUGAUCGAAUCACGAUUGAAAACGAGGGCGACGUCUUUGCGGUUGUGAUCUCUCCCACAGAAUUGGACGACGAAGCGGAGUACAAGUGCGUUGCACAGAAUGAGUUUGGUAAAGUAGCUUGCCAAUCUGAACUGAUUGUGGAGGAAGGUGUGACCAUGCCACUGAUUAAGGAACCUCUGAAGAACAUGGAGGCAAACGAGGGUGACGUGGUUCGAUUUGAUGUCCGCAUUGCAGGAGACCCUGAACCGGUGGUGGAAUGGUUCAAGGAUGGACACCAGCUUGAAGAUAAAGGUCGUGUUGUCAUAAUCGAUGACGUUGAUGACAAUGACAAGGAGUUGUUUUCUUUGGUGAUUGAAGAUUGCCGAGUGGUGGAUUCUGGUAGCUACAAGGUUGUGGCUAUGAGUGAAGCAGGAACUGCCAAUUGUACGUGUGAGCUGGCUGUCACUCGUAGUACCGUCCCACCUGAGUUUAAGGAAGAAAUGGAAGAAGUCCCCAUGGAGGGCUCUCAAGGAGAUAAUGUGUGCAUGGUUAUGAACAGUGGCCGCUUACCCUCGCCAUCUGUUGCAUGGUUCAAAGACGAGGAACCCAUUGUGUCAGACUCUCAUCUAGAGAUCUCACAGGAUCCUGAUCACUGCAAACUAAUGGUUUACCACGUGACUCCAGCUGACUCUGGUACAUACAAAUGUGUUGCAUCUAGCGUGAUGGGAACUAUCACUAAGAAAUUCCUUCUAAACAUUGAAGGACCAGACGGAAUACAAGAACAGCCAGUAAGCGCUUCCGAGGUGCAGGACGUAGAGUUACCAUUGCCAAUCGAGGAAAGACCUGUCCGAGAUACAACCGCUCCAGUCUUCACAAAGAAAUUGGAAGAUCUUGUAGUUGACGCUGGAGAAGAAGCCCGUUUUGACGCUAGAAUCUUUGCCAUUCCAGAACCUCACGUUGAGUGGUACCAAGGGUCAAGGAAGAUAUUAGAUGAAGGGCGGUUCGUACACGUAGAUGCCAUCGAGGAAGACCUGUUCACACUGAUUAUUGAGCAAACUGAAGCUGGAGAUGCUGGUCCGUACAAGUGUGUUGCAUCAAAUGAAGUUGGCCAGACACCCUGUGAAGCACAGUUGACAGUGAAAGGAAAACAAGCAGCUCCAGAAGACGCAGAAGAAUCGGAGACUUCAGUCCUUGAUAUAACCGAGGGAGGCGAAGUGGACUUAAAUGUGGCGGUCUCGGGAACUUUCAAACCUACUGUGGAGUGGCUGAAGGAUGGGAAGCCGGUACGAAAGACAAGUAGGCUUGACACAAAGACUAAAGGAGACACGUACACGCUGAAUAUCAAACAUGCGGUACCGGAAGAUUCUGGCAUUUAUACCUUCAAAGCCACGAGCCUAGCGGGAAUAUCAACAAAGUCUUUCGAUGUCAACGUGAAAGGAAAGACACAAGGUGAAGCCCCCAAGUUUACACAACCACUGGAGUCUGUUGAAGUAACAGAAGGAAAUGGGGCAACGUUGGAGUGCAAGGUCGCGGGGACACCAGAGCCGAACAUAGCUUGGUUUAAAGAUGGUAAAAGCGUGGCAGAGGUGAAGAGAUACAAAACUCGAUUUGACGGAGAGCGGGCCACUUUAAAGAUCACGACCACAGAACUAGAUGAUGAGGGUCAAUACAAGUGUGUCGCUGAAAACAUGUUUGGUUCAGCCUCUUGUUCGUCGGAGCUUCUUGUCAAUGAAGCAAACGUAAAGCCUGCGUUUGAAGAGAAAAUGAAGCCUGUUGAUGUCACUGAGGGAGAACCUGCACAAUUUUCUGUGAAAGUGACUGGCCACCCUUCACCUGUCAUUGACUGGUACAGGGGCAAGGACAAAUUGGAAGAUCAAGGGCGUAUUGAGAUGGUUGAUAAUGAAGACAGUGGCACUUACUCACUGACAAUCAACGACACGCUUCCAGAGGAUGCAGGAGCUUACAAGUGCGUAGCUGAAAACGAGGAAGGUCAAGUGUCUUGCAAGGCUGCCUUGGCUGUCAGGGAGGUCAUCACCGAACCUGUAUUUGACACUGAACAAGAAGCGGCCCCCGUGAAGGUGGGAGAAGGUGAUGUUGUCAGUCUCAAUACUGUUGUGAAAGGGAAGCCAGAGCCUGCUGUCGAUUGGUACAAGGAUGAGGAGAAGCUACAGGAAACAAGUCGUUUGAAGAUGGACGCCAAAGAUGGGGAACACUCCCUCAUUAUAUUGGAAGCCAAGCCUGAAGAUUCCGGUGUUUACAAGUGUGAAGCAAAGAGCAAGGGUGGUAAAGCAGAAAAAACGUUUGAUGUCGAUGUUAAAGCCAAGAAACCUGAAGGUACUGCACCAGUGUUCAUAGAAUCCCUGCAACCGGUGGAAGUAGUCCAAGGAUCUCCUGCUAAGCUGCAGUGUAAAGUGACAGGUGUACCAGAACCAAGCAUUGAGUGGUUUAGAGACAGCGAACCUGUGAAGGAAGACAAGAGAAUAAAGAUUCGUUUUGAUGGCGAGUUGUGUACUUUGAAGAUUCUCUCAACCGAGCUGGAAGACGAAGGUGCUUACAAGUGUGUUGCGAAGAACGACCUCGGAUCAGUGUCUUGCGCUUCUGAACUCCUCGUUAACGAGCCAAACAAGAAACCAGAGUUCAUCGAGAAGAUGAAACCCGUGAAUGUCACUGAGGGGGAACCAGCACGUUUCGACGUCACAAUUGAAGGCAAUCCAAUUCCAGUGGUAGACUGGUUCAAAGGGAAGGACAAAUUGGAUGACGAAGGGCGUUAUGUGAUGAUGGACGACGAAGAAGCGGGCAUUUUUACGUUGAUCAUCGAGGACACUGUGCCUGAAGAUGCUGGUACGUACAGAUGCGUUGCUGCCAACGAGGAAGGACAGGCAAGUUCCAAGGCCGCUCUAGCAGUGAAAGAAAAGAUGAUUGCGCCGGAGUUUACAGACGAAGAGGAAAGUGCUCCCGUCAACGUCACAGAUGGGGAUGAGGUAUGCUUGAGUGUGGGCAUCAAAGGCAAGCCUGUGCCGGGUGUGGAGUGGUACAAAGAUGACAAGAAACUGAGAAAAACCAGCAGAAUAAAGAUCGAUGAAAACGGUGAUAAGUUUUCCCUUGUGAUUUUGGACGUUACCCCUGAAGAUUCUGGGACAUACAAAUGUGAAGCCUCAAGCAAGGCCGGGACUAUCACGCGUACAUUUGAUGUCAAUGUAGCAGCAAAAAGUCCAGAAGGAAAGGCACCCGAGGUUAUUAAACCUGCCGAGACAGUUGAAGUUGAAGAAGGUAAACCAGCCAGGAUAGAAUGCCAAAUUAGCGGACAACCCAAGCCCACUGUUGAAUGGUUCAAAGACAGCGAGAAGGUGAAGGAGUCCAAACGUGUUAAGCCUGAGAGCGACGAUGAAACAUUCUCCUUGAAUUUUAAAGAAACUGAGCUUGAUGAUGAAGGUGACUACAAGUGUGUUGCACGUAACGAGUUUGGCAGUGUGUCGAGCCAGGCUGAAUUGCUGGUGAACGAAGCUGGUGCUAAACCGGAGUUCAAGGAGAAAAUGAAGAACGUGAGUGUCGAGGCGGGAAAGAAAGCCAGGUUUGAUGUACUUGUCACUGGGUCGCCACCACCAGAAGUUGACUGGGUCAAAGGAGAUGACAAAUUGGAAGAUGCAGGACGAUUUGCGUUGUUAGACAAUGAAGAGGAAGGAAGCUUCUCGUUGAUUAUCGAAGACGUUAAGCCCGAAGACAGGGGAAAGUACGAGUGCAUUGCGUUCAAUGAGCUGGCUGAAGUGUCCUGUAAGGCUAACCUGACUGUGGAAGAAACCCUUGUGGCUCCGGAGUUUGCCGAAGAAGCUGAGAGUGCACCAAUACUUGCUGAAGAAGGAGGCGACAUUGAUUUAAAUGUACUGUUGAAGAAAGGACAGCCAGAACCUCAAGUGGAAUGGCUCAAAGACGACAAACCAGUACAAGUGGAUGAGCAUUUGGAUGUUGGCAUCAAUGAGGACACACACUCACUGAAAAUAAGAGGAGCUGUCCCCAGUGACUCUGGCUUGUACAAGUUCAAAGUCAGCAGCAAGGCAGGCUCUCUAGAGAGGGUGUUUGAUGUGCAGAUUGCAGCUAAGCAGCCAGAGGGCACUGCUCCACAAUUCAGAGAACCUCUGCAGCCAAUGGAAGUGAAGGAAGGUACUGCAGCCAAACUUCAAUGUACAGUCACAGCUGAGCCAGCGCCAAAGCUUGAGUGGUUUAAAGAUGGAGUGAGAGUGAAGGAGAGCAGAAGAGUCAAGGUUGAAAGUGAUGGAGUUACAGCUUCCAUAUCUUUUAAAGAAACAAGGCCAGAUGAUAAAGGAGAGUACAAGUGUGUGGCCAGUAAUGAUCUCGGUUCUGCCUCGUGCACUGCUAGUUUGAAAGUAUUGGUCGUAACUAAGCCAGAAUUCAAAGAGAAAAUGAAAGGGGUUGAAGUGAUGGAGGAUGACACUGCUACCUUUAAUGUGCUUGUCGUUGGCUAUCCUGAUCCUAGUGUAGAAUGGUUUAGAGGAACAACCAAACUAACUAAUGAUGAACGGAUUGAGAUCAAAGAAGACAAAGAGAAUGAUCGUUUCUCUCUAGCGAUUGGCGAUGUGAAACGAGAAGAUGCUGGAAUGUAUAAAUGCGUGGCUGCGAAUGAAGCUGGCAAGACUACAAUCCGAGCUGACCUUGCCGUAAAAGAAAGGCUGUUUGCUCCUGAGUUUGCUGAAGCCCAGGCUGAAGCCCCCAUUGCAGUGACUGAAGGAGAUGAAGUAAACCUGAGUGUAACGAUCAAUGGAAAACCCAAACCUGAUGUCAAAUGGUACAAGGAUGACAAACCCCUUCGUGAGAGCAACAGACUUGACAUCAAGGCUCGUGGAGACAAACAUUCUGUGGUGAUUCUUGGCAUCAAGGCUGAAGACGCCGGAGUGUACAAGUGUGAAGCUAAAAGCAAGAUGGGCACUGUUACCAGGACAUUUGAUGUCAAAGUACAAGCAAAGAAACCCACAGGAACAGCACCAGAAAUCACCAAACCUCUGGAAAACAUCACAGUAGUGGAAGGUGAACCAGCGAGCUUAGAGUGUGAGCUGAAGGGAGAACCACAACCAGAUAUUGAAUGGUUCAGAGAUGACGAGAAGGUGAAGGAAUCUAAACGCGUCAGGAUGAACUUCGACGGCAAGUCUUCUUCUUUGACGUUCAAACCAAGCGAGCUUGAUGAUGAGGGUGAGUAUACGUGUGUUGCUCGUAAUGAACUUGGCAGUGCGUCGACUACAGCUGAGCUGCUUGUCAACGAAGCGGGAACCAAACCGGAAUUCACAGAGAAACUUAAGAACAUCAGUGCUUUGCCUGGAGAAGAAGCGAGGUUUGAUGUCCGCGUGACUGGUUCGCCUCCACCAGAAGUCGACUGGCUCAAGGGUAAGGAGAAAAUCGAAGACGAGGGCCGCUUUGUUUUGAUUGAUGAUAUAGAGGAUGACCUGUUUUCGCUAGUUAUCGAAGAUGCCAAACCAUCUGACAAUGGAGAGUAUGAGUGCAUUGCUUUCAAUGAAUUUGGUGAAGUUUCAUGCAAGGGAAACUUAGUUGUUGAAGAAACAAUUAUCGCGCCCGAGAUUGCUGAGGACGCUGAAAGUGCACUGCCUCUAUUUGAGGACAUCACCAUUGCACCAGAGUUUGCUGAGGAGGAGGAGAGUGCACCUGUAGUCAUAGAGGAAGGCGGAGAUGUUACUCUAUGUGUGAACGUCAAGGGACAGCCAACACCAGAGGUAGAAUGGUCCAAGGAUGGAAAGGACCUCAAGGCCAGUGGUCGCUUGGAAGUUGGUGAGAUGAAUGGUAAACACACGCUUUUAAUUAAGGGUGCUACCCCUGAAGACUCCGGUAUUUUCAAGUGUCAGGCUAGCAGUAAAGGAGGUGUUGCAGAAAGAACCUUCGAUGUGCAAGUGAAAGCUAAGAAACCAGACGGAACAGCACCAGUGUUUUCUGAACCUCUUCAACCUGUGGAGGUGAAAGAAGGCAGCGAAGCCAAACUACAGUGCACUGUCGUAGCCGAACCUAAGCCUGACAUCGAGUGGUUCAAGAAGGGAGUGCGCAUAAAAGAGAACCGACGAGUGAAACUUGAAAGUGACGGUCAAACAGUUUCAUUGACAAUCAAAGAAACAAGAUCAGGCGAUGACGGAGAGUACAAGUGUGUGGCUACUAAUGAGUUAGGUUCAGCUUCCUGUGCUGCUUCCAUGACGAUCAGGGUCGUAACUAAGCCAGACUUCAAGGAUAAACUCAAGACAGUCGAGGUAAUGGAGGGCGACACUGUUCAGUUUGAUACUCGGGUUGUUGGGUACCCUGUGCCCGAGGUGGAGUGGUUAAGAGGAACAACCAAGCUGAAGAGCGAUGAACGAACUGAGUUCAAAGAGAACCAAAAGGACAACCUACAUUCGCUUGUAUUAAGUGACGCUAAGCGGGAAGAUGCUGGGAUUUACAAGUGUGUGGCGUCAAAUGAAGGAGGUAAGACCACAUGCCGAGCCGACCUCAUCGUGAAGGAGAGGCUGUUUGCUCCUGAAAUAUCUGAAGAUCAGUUAGAUGCCCCCAUAACAGUGACCGAAGGUGGAGAGGUGAGCUUGGAUGUAACAAUCAAUGGAAAACCCAAGCCUGAUGUCAAAUGGUACAAGGAUGACAAACCCCUUCGUGAAAGCAACAGACUUGACAUCAAGGCUCGUGGAGACAAACAUUCUGUGGUGAUUCUUGGCGUGAAGGCUGAAGACUCCGGAGUGUAUAAGUGUGAAGCUAAAAGCAAGAUGGGCACUGUUACCAGGACAUUUGAUGUCAGAGUUCAAGCUGAGAAACCAACAGGAACUGCACCACAGUUUAUUCAGCCCUUAGAAUCAGUGGAGGUAUCUGAAGGAGCAGCAGUUAAGCUGGCAUGCACAGUGAAAGGAACCCCGCAACCAACCAUCGAAUGGUUCAAAGAUGGCAAACUCCUUAAAACUAGCAAACGGAUGAAAGGCGACUUCGAUGGGAAAGUUGCUUCUCUGUCCUUCACCGAGGUAGAUUUGGACGAUGAAGGAGAUUAUAAGUGCGUUGCUCAGAAUGAGCUGGGAUCAGCGUCUUGCACGGCGGAGCUUCUCGUUAACGAGCCUGCUACUAAACCAGAGUUUACCGAAGCGAUGAAAGACAUUGAGGUGGCUGAAGACGAAGAGGGAAGGUUUGAUGUGCGUGUGUCAGGCAGUCCUAGUCCAACCCUGCAGUGGUUCAAAGGAACUAAGAAAAUCGAGGACGCUGGAAAGUUUCUUUUGAUUGACGAUGAAGAAGAUGACCUCUUCUCACUUGUUAUCGACAAAGUGGCUCCAGACGAUGUUGGUACAUACACCUGCAAAGCCAAUAACGAAGCUGGAGAAGUGUCCUGCAAAGCGGAGCUUAAACUACAAGAGGAAAUGGCAGCUCCUGAGUUUGGUGAUGAGGGGGAGACAGGCCCCAUCACUGCUGUCGAAGGUGGCGAGGUGACGCUUAAUGUGACAGUGAAGGGAAAACCACGCCCAGAUGUUGAAUGGUUCAAGGAUGACAAGCCCCUGAGGAAGACAAGUCGUGUCGACAUCAAGUCACGAGGGGAUAAGUUUUCCGCUGUUCUCAUGAAUGUCACUCCAGAUGAUUCUGGCUUGUACAAGUGCGUGGCCAGCAGCAAGGCAGGAAGUGUUACAAGGACAUUUGAAGUCAACAUCGAAGGCAAAAAGGCAAAGAAACCAAAGGGAGUAGCCCCACAGUUUACGCAGCCGUUAAAGGCAAUAGAGGUUGUGGAGGGUAACCCUGUGAGAUUAAAAUGUCGCAUGACAGGCACGCCCGAACCAACAGCAGAAUGGUUUAAAAACGGAACACCAGUUCAGCUUAGUCGAAGGAUCAAAGCUGAUAUCAUAGGCGACAUGUGCCAGCUGUCAUUCACUGAAACGAACACAGAUGACAGUGGAGACUACAAAUGUGUGGUUAAAAACGAUCUCGGAUCAGCGUCUACUGAAGGAGAACUUCUCGUAACUAAACCCAUUGUGGCGCCCGAAUUUAACGAAAAACUGAAAAGUAUGCAAGUCAGCGAAGGCGAGCCAGCUCAGUUUGAUGUGCGAGUCUCUGGAAAUCCCGAGCCAAACAUCGCAUGGUUCCGUGGAACUCAAGCAAUCAAAAACGAAGGAAGAUUUACGGUUAAAACUGGGGAAGGAGAUGAACAACACUCUUUGAUUAUCGAUGAAACAACUUUAGACGAUGCUGGGACUUACAAAUGUGUUGCUUCUAACGAGGCAGGAAAAGCAACCUGCCGUGGAGAAUUAGACGUUAAUGAAAAACUAACAGCUCCAGAAUUUACUGAUGAACUCAGUGAAGCUCCUAUAAAAUUUAAAGAAGGAGACGAGGUUUCUUUAGAGGUCACAAUUCGAGGAAAACCUGCUCCAGACGUCCAGUGGUACAAAGAUGAACUUAAUGUGAGAAAGUCGUCGAAUAUUACCACACUGGUUAAAGGAGAUAAAUACACACUUCUAAUUUAUAGCGCCAAACCGGCUGAUUCUGGAGUGUACAAGUGCGAGGCGAAAAGUAAAAUGGGAUCAGCAACGCGGACGUUUACGACUGAAAUAGAAGCUAAGAAACCUAAAGGAACGGCACCAGAGUUUUUCAAGCCUCUCAGGAAAGUAGAAGUAGUUGAAGGUAGAGCAGCCAAGUUAGAAUGUUGGGUUCAUGGAAAACCAGAGCCUAGCAUUGAAUGGUUUAAGGACGAUGAACCCGUGAAAUCAAGCAAACGAAUCAAGACUUAUUUCGACUCUGAAGUCUGCAGACUGACAAUUUCUGACACUGUUGCUGACGACGAAGGCGAGUAUAAAUGUGUGGCGACAAAUGAACAUGGUACUGCCUCUUGUUCAGCAGAGCUUCUUGUAAAUGAAGCCAUUGUCAUGCCGGAGUUUAAAGAGAAGAUGAAACACAUUGAAGUUAUGGAGGGCGAUACGGCGCGCUUUGAUGUCCAGGUGUUGGGUAACCCAAAACCUGUAACUGAAUGGUCAAAGGGUGGAAAAGUCAUCACUGACGGAGGUAGGUUUAAAACGGUACAGUCCGACGACGGAGAUUCACAUUCGCUUUUAAUUGAGAAUGUGUCGAUGGAUGACUUCGGAAGCUACAAGUGCGUGGCGUCAAACGAGGCUGGAAGAAUGCAGUGUUCUGCUCGACUUGAAGUAAAAGAGAGACAAAUUGCGCCAGAGUUCUCUGAUGAACACGGCGAUUUACCCAUAGAGAUUAACGAAGGCGACGAACUUAAGAUUAAUGUUACUAUUCAAGGGAAUCCGAGACCAGACGUGGAAUGGUACAAGGAUGAUAGACUGUUAAAAAGAACUAGUCGCGUGAACUUAUCAGCUCGAGGAAAUAAAUUUGGUGUUACAAUCUUUUCUGUUGUCCCUGAAGACUCGGGAGUUUACAAGUGUGUUGCAAAGAGUGCUGCAGGUACAACGACAAAGACCUUCCAAGUUAAUAUCGAAGGCAAGAAACCUGCACCAAAAUUCACUCAACCUUUAGAGGAAACACAAGCUACUGUUGGCGGUACAGCGACACUAAAAUGUCGUCUAAAUGCAACAGCUAAACCGAACAUUGAAUGGACCAAGAAUGGCCGACCUAUAGACGAAAGUCGAAGGGUUCAAAUGGAGUCUGAUGGAGAGCUGUGUUCUCUUGUUAUCUCGGACGUCAGACCUGAAGACAGUGGGGAAUACCAGUGCACAGCCAAGAACAAGAUUGGAACAGCUUCAUGCAGAACACGUCUUGUUGUAAGUGAAUCCGCGAGUAAACCGGAGUUUAAGACAAGGAUGGAGGAUGUGGAAAUUGUAGAGGGCGAUGAAGCGGUGUUUGAAGUUUCGGUUACCGCCAAACCCUCGCCCGAAGUACAAUGGUACUUAAGAAAAAUGCUGUUAAAGAACGAAGGGAAGUACACCAUGGAUGAAGACUCCGAAAGGCAGAGGUAUUCGCUUACUGUUGGUGACUGCCGACGAGAAGACAGUGGCCAAUACAGGUGUGAAGUGAGAAACACUGCAGGUGAAGUCACUUGCGCAGCAGAGCUUAAGGUCAGUGACAAACAAUUUGCUCCCACGUUUGUCCAAGGUACGGAAGAGCAGCUGUUUGAGGUGUGGGAGGGUGCCCCGGUGAAGCUCGUUGUUCAAGCGAAAGGCAAACCUACGCCGCAAGUUGAGUGGUUUAAAGAAAAUCGUCUUGCUAGGCGAGUGAAGCGAGUCGAGCUACAGAUGGAGGGAGACAAAAACAUUCUGUUGAUUCCCAAGGCGGUGCCGGAAGAUUCAGGAAAUUACCGAGUUGAGGCUACAAACCCUGCUGGGACAGCUGUGAAGCCAUUCAUUGUCAAAGUCAAUGCUCAGAAGCUUGUAUUGAGACGUGAACCGGUUCCUGCUGGGGCUGUGAAACCCGAGUUCAUCCAAAGAAUCCAGGACGUCGAGAUCGUAGAAGGAAGUGCUGCUAAGUUUGAUGUUCGUGUGAAAGGAACUCCCGAGCCCGAGGUUGACUGGUACAAGGACAACCGAGUGAUCCGCGAGGGUGGACGGAUCAAGUUCACAUUUGAAGAUGACGGCUUGUGUUCACUACUGAUCAGAGAAGCAGAGCAUUCUGACCGAGGACGCUACAAGUGUGUAGCAAGUAAUCCAGCUGGAAAAGCUCAAUGCAGCGCGGAGCUGUUCAUAGAGAGUCAUGGUUUCGAUUCUGCAAGUGGGUCAGAAUAUGAGAGGCGUCUUUCUCGCGAGUCGACAUUUGACAUGCUGUCAGAUGACACUGAAGAUGAAGUCGACGCCGAAUCCUCUGGCCCACCCAAGCUCCCCCCGGACAUCACGCUUGUGUUACGCAACCGUGACGUAAAGGAAGGUGGCGUGACAAAGUUUGCGUGUCGCGUGGUGAGCAGUAGCGCCUUGACAGCUGAGUGGUACAAAGAUGAAAAACUUGUCAGUAAAUGGCCUCGUUUUACCUCUGAACGUGACGAGGAUCUUUUUGCUCUGACCAUCUCGGACGCCAAGAGGACAGAUGCAGGGCACAUUCGAUUUGUGGCACGAAAUGAGUUUGGUCAGGUGGAGAGCAAUGCUUACCUCAAUGUUGAACCUGAUAUGGAGCCCGAGUUUGAAGGAACAACACCAAAGUUUACCCAGAAGCUCCAAGACGUCGACGCAGUAUCUGGGAAAACCGCGAGAUUGGAGUGCCGUGUAAUUGGCGACCCUCGCCCAGACAUCCGGUGGUACAGAGAAAACGAACCCCUGCUUGAGGGCGGAAGAUACAAGUUUGAGGAUGAUGAUGACUGGCAGGUGCUUGUUAUUGAUGACGUCUGCGGAAGUGACGAAGGCUUGUAUAAGUGCGUGGCUAGGAACAGCGCCGGCAAGGCACACUGCUCAGCGGAUUUGUUUGUAUUGCAAACAGAAGACGAGGAAAGUGAGUCUGCUGGUGAACCGGAAUCGGAAGAAGAGAAGACAAAACCACCCGGGGAUUCGAAGAAACCACUUCCAGUUAUCGAGACGUCUAUUGCCCCUGCAACUGCUCAAGUAGAGAAAUCAGAGCCACCGCCGAAACCAGCGCCAAAACCUCAACCUAAAGCAGAACCAAAAGCCAAGCCUGAGCCUGCAAAACCAAAAGAACGCCUUCGAGAACCAGAGUUUAUCCUCAAACUGCGAGACAGGUCAGCGGUUGAAGGAAGUUCGGUGCGCUUAGCAUGCCGGGCGAUGGGAACGCCGGAACCUGGGUUCCAGUGGUUCAAGGAUGAUAAGCCAAUCAGCGCUGGAGGGCGGUUUGACAUCAGCCAAUCAGUGAGCGGGUUUACACUUGUAAUAAAAGACUGUGAGGUAGAGGACGCGGGAGAAUACAAAUGCGAAGCCUCGAACAAGGCGGGCAGCGUCAGCACUGCGUGUAAAAUCACUGUGACAGGACUUUCCAAACCUCGUCAAGAGGUAACGGUCCGCCCAGACUUCGAGCAAAAGUUUACAGACACAACAGUCACGGACGGUGAGGAGGUGAAGUUGACAGUUAAGGUGUCCGGAACCCCUGUCCCGGAUGUAGAAUGGCAGAAAGGAGGCAAACCAAUCAGAGAUGGACGUCGAGUUAAGAUUGACAAGAACAAAGAUGGCGUGCAUGUACUUCGUAUUCCACGUGUAGAAACCGCUGACCAGGGAGAGUACUCUUGCAUUGCUAAGAACAAAGCUGGAAAAGCUACUUGUUCUGCUAAGCUGACUGUUCAAGCUCCUAAGCCAGAAAUUAAGGAAGGUGUCAUGUCGCUUCCUAAGAUGCCAGUAGAAGAAACAGUGACACUGGCCACAGACAUACCAGUGUCUCGUGCCCCUGACCUCGAAGAUGGUCCCCCUGAGACUCCGCCCAAGUUCGUCCGCACCAUGAAGAAAGCGGAAGUCAUUGAAGGAAGCGCGGCAAAGUUUGAUGUCAAACUCACCGGAAGCCCAGAACCGGAAGUACGAUGGUUAAAGGAUGAUAAACCUCUUACGGAGGGCCGGAAGUUCCGGUUUGACGAAGAUGAUGACGGAGUGUUCUCUCUGUUUGUGAAUGAUGUGGUGGCUGAUGACGAAGGAGUUUACAAAUGUGAAGCGUCAAACAUCAAAGGAGAGGUUUCUUGCACUGCAGUGCUUGAAGUAGAAGGCCUCGAAGAGUCAACCGAGGAAGAAAGGGAAGAAACGUCCGAAGAUGAGGUACCAGCAAAGAAAGAACCUCCUGCCAAAGCACCCCCUCCAGCACCUAAACCGAAGCCUGCCGCGAAAUCAGUUCCAAAACCGGUUUUCUCGUCGGAGCUUCAGGACAAACAAGUUAAAGAAAGCGACAACCUCACGCUAGACGUCCGAGUACCAGCCGAGUGCAAGGCCGAGGUCACGUGGUUCAAAGACGACCAUGCUCUUAAAGAGGAUCAUCAUAUAACCAUCAUUUCCGCCGGUGAAAUGCACGCUGUCAAUAUCUUCAACGUGACAGUCAAGGACGAGGCGGUGUACCGCUGUGUCGCUACGAAUGCUGCGGGAUCAGUUUCUACUGAUUGUGAAGUUCUUGUCGAAGAGAAAGUCAAAGUUCCUCAAACAGUCAUGAACCGUGGCCGUCUUUCUCAAAUGGCACCGGAAUUUGUUCAAGAAUGCACCGACCUGAGUGUGGUGAAACAUUCCACUGCACAGCUAGAAGUGAUAGCCGCUGGCAGCCAACCACUGCAGAUUCGCUGGUUCAAAGACGACGAGCCCAUAAAGUACGGAAAACGCUUGAAAAUGUCGUCCGACGGAGAGCAUUGCUCGUUAAAGAUUUCUCCGGUGGAAACUUCAGAUCAGGGGAUGUACAAAUGCGUGAUAUCUAACAAGGCUGGGACACAGUCUUGCGAGGCAAAGAUAACAGUAGAAGAAUCAGUCGAAGUCGCCGAAAGUGCCGACGGCGCUACCCCAGGUUCUCCGGUCACGAAACUCCCGUCCAAGCAAAGAAGUGGUGCCAAGCCGACCAUAGUGACUCCUCUGGAAAACAUCGAAGUCAAUGAUGGCGAAAAUGUCGCGUUGCAGGUGACUUCCGGUCCAGAACCCAUCGACAACAUUGAAUGGUUUAAGGACAAUGACCUGAUACGCUCACGUCCUCGAUUCACGCAGUCUUCACAGGGCUCAGCACACAACCUCGACAUUCAGGCAGUAACUUGUGACGACGAAGGCAUCUAUAAGUGCGUGUUGCUUAAUAACUGGGGCAUUGCGUCUUGUUCGGCUGAGGUGUUGGUAGAAGAAUCAAUGUCAGAGUCUUCAUCCCAAGAUGAAGAACAACUCGAAAAGAUGAAUGCCCGGAUGGAGCGCCGGAGAUCACGUGACAGCGUCUGCGCGCCAGAGUUCCAACAAGAGCUUAGCAACCGUGACGUCAAAGCUGGGGACACUGUUUACUUCACCGUCAAAACAACGGGCAUCCCGGAACCGGAAGUCACGUGGUACAAACAUGGUGAGUUACUGAAGGAGGACUCGCGAUUGAAGUUUAUCAAAGAUUCGCAGACUGGAAACUACUCACUGCUGAUCAACAAAGCGACCGUGGAGGACCAGGGCGAGUAUCGUUGCGUGGCGUCCAACAUGGGAGGUUCAGUAGCUUGCCAAGCAAAACUCUCGGUUGAAGCAGCGCUAAAAACUGAAGGAGGCGAAGCACCGUCAUUCACGGCUCCGUUGAGAGAUCGUUCCAUCGAAGACGGUAGUGCAGCAAGGUUUGAUAUGCGCGUGCGCGGAAAGCCAACCCCGGCAGUCACGUGGUACAAAGGUGACGAAGAGAUCACUGACGAACAGUUCCCGCAUAUCAAAGUUUUCCAAGAAGAAAACCUGUAUUCCAUUUUGAUAACUGAAGGAAAGGUCGAUGAUGCUGGACAAUACAAAGUGGUAGCUAAAAAUGACCUUGGAGAGGUGUCUUCUACCUCAAAUCUCUUUGUAGAAGGAACGGAUCAAAGGCCACUCCUUUACAGUGGAAAACCUCCUCGUAAGAGUUCAGGACUAUCAAGAGUGGAGGAGGUCCUCACGCUCAAACUGUACACGGCCGUAGAAGACUUCUAUUCGGAGGAAACUGGAAACAAAUUCCUCAAGAAGGGCGACAAGGUCGAAGUACUGGAUACUAGUCGACCUGAGUUCUGGUUGGUCAGAAGAGUAUCACGUGGUUCAGAGAUCGGAUUUGUACGUCACACUUGUCUGAAGAAAGAUGACGACGGCGAUGAAACUGCAGACAUACCGACGCAAGGAGAGAAAAUAAGAUUUGUGUGUAUCACCAACUACAAACCUAAGGCUCCUGGUGAGGUAUCCGCGAAUGAAGGAGACACAAUAGAGGUCCUUGACAACAUAGGCUCGGAGAGUUCAAUGGUCUGUGUUAUUACCACUGGAGCAGUCGGGUGGUUGCCGCGGGUCUUUAUCAUCAGGGCCCCGGAGGAGGAUGUGAAGAAGGCUCCGAAAACUGCUAAAGGCAAAGAAAGGGAGGCAAUCCAUCAGCGAGAAUUCGUGUUGAACGAGAUGAUUGAAUCUGAGCGACAAUACGUCAAUGAUCUCCGCACAGUUGUUGAGAGUCACUUAGCCGAGCUCGAGGCCGAAGACAUCCCCGAUGAAGUUGUUGAAGAAAAGGAUGUCGUGUUUUCCAACAUCAAGGAUAUCUACGGCUUUCACACAAGGCAAUUCUUACAUGAACUCGAGGCAUGCGCAAAGAAUCCAGAUGACGUACCAAAAGUUAUUCUGAGACACAAACCCAAAUUUGAGAUGUACGUCAAGUUCCUUGAGGGUAGAUCGCUUGCCAACGAGAAGCUGGAAAACGAAGUCACGCGCGAAUUUUGGACGGAGUUUAAAGAAGACAUGAAAGACGAGAAUUCCCUGUCUGAUUAUCUAAAGAAACCAUCGCAGCGACUGAAUGAAUACAUCUUGCACCUCCAGGAACUGCUUAAGUUCACAGUGCGCGCAAAUCUGAAGCACUCCGACUAUGAGGCGGCGCUUGAAUUCUUGUCCAGUAUCUCCCAGCGAGCUGAUGAGGCAGCUCUGAAGUUCCAUAUCGAAGGAUACAACGGCGACGUUCCACUUGCAGAUCUUGGAAGACUUAUCCGCCAGGAACUGGUGUUGUUCUGGGAGGAGAAAGCACGUGGUAAAGGAAAAGAACGCGAUUUGUUUUUGUUUGAGAAAGGAAUCGUGAACACCAAGAGAAAAGAAGGUGGAAGAAAGUUCGUGUUUAAAAACAUGCUGAAGUUGACAAGUGGAAAUGUUGGCCUGACGGAGAAUGUUGAAAGUGAACCGCGUCAGUUCAUGGUGUGGGUUGGUACCUCCAUGACCAGUGCUCUUGUGCUUCACACCUUCGAGACCAAGACCGAGUGGUCUAAGCAAGCGUGGGUUCGAGAGAUCAAACGGCUGCUCAAUUUAAGUGAAGAAUCGCCCGUCACUGCUGUUGCACCAUCUCUUGUAUUCGGUGAACUCUCAGUCGAAGUACCCAGCACUACAUCGACUGAGACGAACCUGGUAACAACAGUCAAAGAAACUCUUACCAGUCUCUCGUACUCGCGCUUGAUCGCUGAGGUAGAGAAACAGUACGUGGCUAUCACGCCCCCAGACUCACCCGAACCCAUGGGCCUGAACAUACAACUUGGAGGCACCUACCGCUUGUCCGAAGAAACCCUGGAAAAAGAGACUCAUGAACUAGUUAUUGGCCGUGGAGAGCAAGUCCGCGUUCUCCGCUCGGGCCGAGAUCUUUACUUCGUUCAGACGGUCAAGGAUGGCGAAACCAAGGAGGGCUGGGUACCAGGAAGCUGGUUGCUUGAGAGAGGCUUGGAAGAUCAGAUCCCCAGUACAGAGGUCCAGGAAGAGCUAGAGGCUGGCUUAGAUGAGGAUAUCCUACAGGAUCUGAGCUCUGAAGCGUCUGAGCCGGAACUUCAGAGGCUUAAGGACACAGGAGAAGCUCAACCGAAGUUCACAGAGGAACUGGAAGAUGUGGAGGUCUGCGUCGGCCAACCUGCCAAGCUUCGGUGUCGAGUGGAGGGAGAUCCCGUCCCAGACAUCGAAUGGUUUGUCGAUGGCGACAAGAUUAAGAAGGGAGGAAGGUUCGAUUUUCUAACCAAAGGUGAUCUCGUUACGCUGAAAAUUUCCGAAACAAGUGCAGAAGACGAGGGGGAAUAUAAAUGUACUGCGACGAACGAAAAUGGGACAGCAACAACUUCGGCUGAGCUUAUAGUAAACGCUCCGGCGAAAAUCGAAAAAGCGCCGAAGUCCCAGACUGUCCGCGUUGGGGAUGUGGUGUCGUUCAAAUGUGAAAUAUCUGGAAAUCCCAUCCCAUCCGGGACCUGGUACCAUGGUAAAACGCAACUAAAGGACGAAGGACGUGUGCUCAUUGAAACUGCUGAAGACUUUUGCGAACUCGAGAUUGAAAAUGUCGAAAAGUCCGACGAAGGGGAGUACUCUUGUGUGGUGAAAAACGACUUUGGGGAGGAUAAGUGUGCAGUGACUCUCACUGUUGAAGGCGGAGGAGCCGCAAAUGAAAACAGUAACGAUAAAGCGGGUGAUGAAGGCGUGGCUAAAGAUGAUGGAGAUGGCGACAGUGACAUAGAGAGCAAAGAUCUUGACCUCCCUUUACGAGAUCCGGUGCACCUGCGCACGGACAAGAAAUUCGAUGACGCGUACAUCUCCCAGAAGGAGCUUGGAAAGGGUAAAUUCGGCGUUGUGAAGAAAGUUAAAGAGAAAAGCACGGGAACGGAAUACGCCGCCAAGUUCCUGAAGAUAACCAAGGAGUCCAGAGAGGAAGUGCUGGCGGAAAUGCACAUCAUGAACAAAUUGCACAGCAAACGGCUUAUCUACCUCCAGGACGCGUACGAGAGACCAAAAGAGAUGAUUAUCGUUCUAGAGUUAAUUUCUGGAGGUGAGUUGUUCGAAAAGGUUUGUAAUGAUGACAACCUGACAGAGAAGGAAGUGGUGCGGUACAUGAAGCAGAUACUGCAGGGCGUGGAACACAUGCACAAGAAACAUAUUGUCCAUUUGGAUCUUAAGCCCGAGAAUGUGCUUUGUGUGAUCCGUCCUGACGGUAAAGAAGACCUCAAGUUGAUUGACUUUGGAAUGGCGCGUGUGCUUGAACCGGGCAAGACCGUCAAGGUAGCGUGUGGCACGCCCGAGUUUGUAGCACCUGAAGUCAUCAGCUACGAGGCCAUCAGUUUGUCCAGUGACAUGUGGAGUGUUGGUGUCAUAGCUUAUGUGUUACUCAGUGGU